GAGCUCUGCUCUCCGUCGUGCUUUCUCGGGCAGUCGGAACAUCCGUUCAAUGGCUGGAGGGCAAGAAAAAUGGUAUUUUACAAAAGAACAAUUACUGAGUUCUCCAAGCAGAAAAUGCGGUUUAGAUGCAGAUAAAGAAUUAGCAUAUCGGCAGCAGGCCGCGAAUUUAAUACAGGAUAUGGGACAGAGGCUUCAAGUCUCUCAACUAUGCAUCAACACGGCAAUAGUGUAUAUGCACAGGUUCUACGCCUUCCACUCGUUCACGCAGUUCCACAGGAAUGCUAUAGCUGCUGCAGCGCUGUUCCUCGCUGCGAAGGUGGAGGAGCAGCCAAGGAAAUUAGAAUAUGUAAUAAAAGUGGCACACGUGUGCCUCCACCGAGGUGAAAGUAUCACCGCCCUGUCGCCUGAACAGUACCAAGAACAGGCGCAGGACCUAGUAUUCAACGAGAAUGUCCUCCUACAGACCUUAGGGUUCGAUGUUGCUAUCGACCAUCCCCACACGCACGUUGUUCGCACAUGUCACCUUGUCAAAGCCCCGAAGGAUCUAGCACAGACAUCGUAUUUCAUGGCGUCGAACAGUCUACACUUGACUACGAUGUGCCUUCAGUAUAGGCCUACGGUGGUCGCCUGUUUCUGCAUACAUUUGGCGUCGAAAUGGAGUAAUUGGGCGAUACCGCAGUCGAACGAGGGUCGUCAUUGGUUCUCCUACGUAGACCGGUCGGUGACCACGGAACUACUGGAGAAGUUGACGGCCGAGUUCCUGCUCAUCUUCGAGAAGUGCCCCUCGAGGCUCAAGAGGAAGAUGAUGAAUGUUAAAGCUGCGGAUGGCAGUUCUCCACACUCGUUGCCAAACGCAUCGGGCUCAGGCGUCGCCAACUCGCCUUUCGACAAGAAGCACCCGCCGUCCAGUGCCGAUGAGAUCGACAAGUCCUUCGACAAAGAAUAUGAACGCGAGAGGCGACGCCAACCUGUCCCGGGUGGCUACGUGCCAGCCACUACAGCCGCUCCACCCCAACCACAACCACAGAAGAUAGACUACAACCUAUACAGACAACGGGGAGAGAGGGAAGAACGAGAGAGGCGGGAGGAGAGGGAGAGGCGGCAACAGGCCAUGCAGCAGCAGCAGCAAGCCAGGCCCGGAGCCCCGCAGCCCAGGCCCAAUGCCCAGGCCCCUCCCCACCACCAGAGACCUUCCAGUCAACACGGCCACCACAAACAGCACCAUCCCUGGCCCCCACACAAGUCCCACCAUCCCAAACCGCCUCACGACCACAGGCAUCACAGGCCGCCCAUCCCCGGUCCGUCAACAUCCACUACCACCACGCCUGCACCUACUCAUCCGCCCCCCACAUCUCAACCCGAAGUGGUUCCUCAAAGGACGAGGCCACCUUCGUUGUUCUCGCCUGAGAAUGCGACCACUCCCACCGCGGCGGCUGCGGCGGCUCCACGGAGGCCGCAGCCCCAGCAGCCUCCUCCGCACCGACCCAAGCCCGAGGUCAGGCCCACCCCGCCCCCCGCGCCGCAAGUACCUCAGCCUCCCGUACAAACACAAGAGCAGAGGCCGCCCAGCCCGCACAGAAAGCGGCCGGACCCUACAGCGGCUAUCAGAGAAAUGCAACCGCCGGCGAUACUGUCCCCAUUCUCCUCUCCCCCCUCUAAAGAAAUGCCGAAGCAGCCGAGACAACGGCUGCCUUCGUCCAGUUCCGAGCCAGAGCUAGUGCCCGUCGUCAAAAAGAUUGAGGACACACCCGGGUACGAGAAUGUUAUACGCGACUCGCAGAGGGGCACGGCGAUCAAAACCAGGGCUCCAGAACGGAAACCUGAGCUGCCCACUAGGCCUGUUAACGGCAUCGAAACUGAUCCUACACUAGUAUCGAAUCUACUAAAGGAAAGUUUAGCCAAACCAGCGCCUAUAACGGUGGCUACAGAACGCAAGUCUCCCGAGGUGAAGCGCGAGCCGCCCGCCGAGCCCCCUCCCGCGCCCGUCUUGCCUGCCCCCGCGGCUGUCGAACCCCCUCCCCCCGUAGAAGAAGUGCCCGAACACAGGCAUAAGAAGGAAAAGAAGAAAAAAGACAAACACAAACACAAAGACCGGGACAAAUCGAAGGAGGAGAGAAAGAAACACAAAAAGGACAAAGAGAAGAGGAAAGAGAGUCCUCCUCCACAGCCGGUCGAACCGCCGCAGCAGGACGGGGCUCUGAGGAUAACGAUACCUAAAGAGAAGUUGUCGACUAGUCCCGGUCUUAAGAUUAAGAUUCCUAAGGAUAGGUUGGCGGCGCCGCCGCUGCCGCCGCAGCCGCAGCCGUCGAGCCUGAAGAUCAAGAUAUCUCGCGACGUGCUCGACGCGUCCACCCGCAAGCGCAGCGCGGCGCAGGAGCCGCCCGCGCCGCCGCACAAGCUGCCGCGGCACAACGGAGCUCCCCACCACCCCAAGGUCGUCGAACAAUCGCUGGGGAACGGUCACAAGUGACGUCUCAACCCCGCCAGCGCUGCGUGUGUCGACGUUCCUCAAGAAAACAACUAUCGGACCUCAGUAGUGUAGUGUAACUACAGUUUAAAACCUUUUUUUCACUGUUUAACUGAUUUUUUUUCUCUUCUUUUGUUUUUUGAGCGCGCGAUUUUGGCUCGAUUUUGGUUAAAAUUCGAAUGUGUGACAUGUUACCACAGUAUAAACUUGUACUACAGUUGUGAAGCUAACUUCUAGCGUUCGUAAAAUUGACACUUAUUCACGCAUGUACAUCGACGAGAUUUUAAUCGGCGCUACCAGUGCUUGUCAGUACUGAGUGUCGUGCAUCGAGCAUAUGCGUGUGUGAGUGAUAUCAUUACGAACGUUAGAACGUAGCUUCACAACCGUUUACAAUAUUUAAACUGUGGUGUAACAGUCACUGGUCACUUGUAAAUUAAAAAAAAUAAAAGCACUUUGUAAAUAAAUUGCGUGUGUUUAACAGACUGAUUGAUUUUCUUUGGAGCCAAAAUUGUGUUGCUAGAUAAAAAAAAUGGCGGGUUUUAGGUGCGGGGUUGCUAGCUGUACUAAUAAAACGGCAUCUGACGCCGAUACCCACCCUGCAGGGAUGAUUGGGCUUGAAAUAUUAAUUAUUUCAGUGUCGUAUUUAACCGGUAAUCUUUUUUCUUUUUGAAGUAGUGAUUUUGUACAAAAUAAUGACAGGUAUCGUUAAAAUGGGAGGGAUUUUUCUUUAAUUUUUUCGUUUUUUAUUUCUUUUAACAUAAAAAUGCUGUUGAACAUAAAAUACUUGAAAUUAUUAUCAGCGUAAUACGACACUGAUUUAACAGUUUUCGACAUUAAACCGACAGCCAACCGGUGGUUACACAAAUAAAAAAAAUAUGUAAAUGAAAAAUAAAACUGACAAAAAACAGUAACUUUCCGGUUGACUGUCGUAAGUGACUGUUGUUUGUAAAAUGGUGAGAUUUUUUUUAAAGAUAAUUUUAUAUGUAAGUGUAUAUUUUGUAGGUAUUAGGGCCUGUCUAGAUUUUUAUAGUAUUUUUCCUAUUUCUGGCUGGCCCAAGACUAAUCGUACGAUGGGGAAGCAGUCACAUCGGCGGAUUUGAAAAUGGAACUUACCAGAGACAUCACCUGUCAUCAUCGAUGACGUAUCCUGUCACCUGUCAAUGUCACUGCUUCCCUCAUUGUUGAAGUGUCGAUAAAUUAUUAUAUUAUAGAUAUCGAUGCUCUACGAUACAAAAGCUUACAUUAUGUAAAUGACGAUUCUUAUGAAUAAUUCUGAUUAGGUGUUAAAAAUUAAAAAAAAUACAAAACAAAAAUAUUAUGACGUAGCGUUGAGUGAUUGGACGAAUGAAUUGCAAAAUAUUAAUUAAAAAUUAAAGCAAAAACGAUGUAUAGGUAUCGAAAAGUUAGUUUAAGGUUUCGUUAGUUAGACAAUUGUGAAUUUUUAAAAUAGUAUCAUUUAGGGUUGUUGCACACUGGCGAUUAGUCGCUGCGACUUUUUCGUGCGACUUAGGUAAUUUUCGAUAUGGAUGGUAAUACUGUAAAUUCAACGAAUAGUUUUUAAGUUUGUGUUGUCUUGCAUUUAGUGUGAAAUAUAAGGAGAAAUACAUUUUGUACAAGAAAUAUUCAAAUUAGUAUCAUGUUCUUAUUGGUCCCCUUUCCCCUUUGGCUGUCUUAUAAAAUAUUAUAAAGUGUUAUAUAAAGCUUAAUACAUGCUUUAAAUAUUAUUAUAGGGCAAAAUAAUGUGAAUUCGCUGUGUAUAAUUUUCAUGGUAUUGAAAGAAACUUAGUUUUUCUACCGCCACUUAUCUUAUAAGGUAAAUGUAAAAAAAAUAUAUGACUAAAAAGUGUAUUAGUUACAAAUGCCAUUUGGAAUAUCCUAUUUUCUAUUAUAACUCUACAUAUCGUUUGUAUGUAUAAAAAAAAUGUUAUAUGUAUUUCCUUUUUUCAUAAAGUCUGGGCGACAAAAAAUUCGCGCGAAAAAGUCGCGUGAAACGUCAACAGCCCGACUUUUUUUUAAAUUAAUUUUUAUUUAGUUAGACUUUAGCGAUUUGUUAAAAGAAAGUAAUAAAAUAAACUUGUUAAUUUCUUUCCUAAGGCUAGGUAUUAUUGUAAGUGUACAUAAUUUUGUGUAAUUUCAAUUUAUUGUAGUUGAAAUUCUCUAGCCUUCGCACCUAUUUCGUUUUGAAACUGAAUACAGUUUCCGAACGUAACCGCCAGUACGAACAAAGACCGUGUUUAGAUUGCGUGGCCUCUGAUUGGUUGAUUUUGGUCACCUAUAAAGAGUCAGUUAUCUGAUAGUUAAUGCUAUCUGUCAGAUAAAGGCUGCUUAUAAUGUCUGCUAUCCGAGACCUGUGAAACAAUAAAGUUUAUCUGUCAGAUAGAUGGCUGAUAGGCUAUUAGAGACUACCAGUAACUGGUAAAAGUGGCCAAUAGUGUCGCUAAAUUCAAUGGUGGCUUGCAACUAAAUUCCGAGUCCUUUCAUACCUUCUUUUUUUUAACGACGUCAAAAAUCAUCAAAUGACCCCUCCCGCUGUGGGUUAGCAGCGGUGAGGGAGUGUCAGACUCUUACUGACUAAAAACCGUCGUGUUCCGUCGUAGGCCUUUUAUGUACUAGGGCCGCGGUAUCUCUUUCGAACAACCCGCAGCCUCGGCAGAGCCCUUUCAUACCUUAAAAUGGUAUCUGCGCAGCGACUUGCGCAUGGUACCGAGCCGACAUUAUGUUUGGCGUGUAUCGCAUCUUAACGUUUUGUACUCAAGUGCCUUGCACGGUUGGGUCGCUGGGUUUUGUCGUCUCGUGUGGACUUACCUUUAUGUUGAGUCCACGCAGAUUUUGGUUAGACAGACAAGUUUGUAGAUAGGGUUCAUUUUUAAAUAUGGGUUAUAAAAAAUGCAGUUAUAAUCUGUAACAUAAUAAUUGAGGUUAUUUUAUCUGUAAUUGUAAAAAUGGUAGUCCAAAAAUCGCCGAACAGUUGCGCCACAGUCGUCCCACUAUCUAAACACGUUCAAAUUUAGUCAAUGUAUUUAUGAAAAAAAAAAAGUAAUUUUGUAUUAUAAAUAUAAUAAUAUGAAAACAAUAUUAAGCAAAGAAUCGGCCAGGUUUCUUAAUAAUGCGAAAAAUGUGAUAUAAUAAACGUUUCGAUUCAGGUAAAUAAUGGUUGUAAACUUAUAUAUUGUUGUAUUGUCUAUACGUAAGUUGAUUUUAUAACUAUAUGGUUUUUAGUCCAGUUUUUAAUAUGGGAUUCACAAUUUCAAAUGCAGAACUGUAACAGAUUAUAAACAAAAAAAAAAGAAUAUAACAAUAAAAGAAAAAAAAUAACAGCAUAUUUUUGUACCAAUAAGCGAGCAUUGGACGCUUUAAAAUUCUCUUUUAUUUUGAAUUUUAUAAAAUACACUUAUUACUAGACCAAACUUAAAUAAAGUGCAAAAAAUACACGUACACUAACUUAAUAUCACUCUCACUCAAUAUAAAUUUUUAAAGAAAAAAUAUUUCCGUAUAUAUAAAAAAAAACUGGACUAAAAACUACAUUAACCCAAUUCUUACCCGAAAAAUUGUCGUAGAAUAAAGCUUUCUACGGAUAAUUAAUGUCUGUAGCUUUUUGUAAAGUUUGCCUGAAAAUAGUAUCUGAAAAUGACUGAAGAUAAUAUCAUGUUCAUAAAGUAAUAUGCAUAUAGAUCUCAGUCAGGCAGGUACUAAUAUAAAUUUUAAUUCUUUCCAAGUGUAUCUUGGACACCAGUGACUGUGUAAAUGUGAAGGAAAACAUCUUGAGGAAAUUUUGACUCUGAAAUCGCCAAUCCGCUUUGAGCAAGCGUGGUGAUUAACGCUCAUUCCUUCUCUGUAUGAGAAUAGACCUGUGCCCUGCAAUGGGCUAAUAAAAAGGCAAGAAAAUGAUAUAGGAACCAGAAAUAAUGUAUUGUUGUUUACAUAGCAGACUUUGUAUGUUCAUAUUUAAAUGUUAAAAGGAGGGAAAUACAAAUACCCUAUGAUAAUAUGGGUAUUGGAAAUAAAAUUAUGUAAUAGUAUGCAAUUUCUCAACUUAUGCUGCAGGUGUAAUCACCUAACAAACCCUAGUGUCAGAGUAUUCUAAAAUUCGCCUGACGGCCUCUGACGUGGAAUUGUAACAACGGACUGCUACUGAGUAGCAUUCGGGGGACGCCGGCGACACGUGCCCUCCUAGGGAUUAUCAGUUCUCAAUCUAAAUAGGAUAUUUUGAUAGAGAAAAGGUGAAUUUUACAAAAGCUACAGACCCCAAGCUUACAUUAUAAUGUUUAUAUAAAUAUAUACUUGGCAAUACUCAAUGGUUUGCGUAAAAAGAAAUGUUUUAAACUGCUGCUCGUGUAGACAAUUUAUAAUAAUCAGCCGGAGAUUUUGGGUGGACUCGUAAAGGGAAUGUAUCAAGUUAUCUAACCUUCCUAUAUUAAAAGCGAUGUUUGUUUGUAUGUUACUCCUUAACGGUGAAACUACUGCACUAAUUUGGAUGCAACUUUGUUUGGAGAUAGAUGUUAUCCGCACGCUUUAACUAGGCAGUUCUUCACGCGAGUGGAACCGCGGAAAACAGUCUAAAAAGUAUAUUUUUAAACACUGAAAAAGUUUUCAAAAUGUGACUUUAAUUUGUAUAUGCCAUUAUUGAAUAACAAAUAUGUAGAUACAAAAAUGCCGCUUCAAAUAUUAUCCAUACAAUUGAACGGUGGAUUUCAAUAACCAAUCUCUAUCCGCUGAUUUCUUACCGGAGAUAGGAUUUUGACGUAACUCGUAUGGGGCUUAUGACAAAAUACUAUCUUCAGUAAGAAAAUAGGUUAGGUUAUUGAAAUCGCAGUUAAUGCACAAUGUUUGGCUUAAAGGUCUUGCAAAAGAAUUGUAAUAAAAUGCUCACGCAACUUUGUGACGCUGGUUAAAAAACGGCGAAAUAUUACUUAUAUGAAGGUUGUAUCAGGAUAUUGUCAAGAAAUGUAUUGUAAAUGUGAUAAAAACAAUGUUUUCUGAUUAUGCGCGAAUGCUAUUUAAACGAAAUAAAAAAUUUCGCGUUGAAA